AUGGCGUGCCUGUGGCCACAAUGUAGGCGGAUUCUACAAGGCAGUCUUUUCAGAGCAAACUCUGCACAUAAACAAUGGGUGGAGGCCAUCUCAACAAUACCCGCACAACGGACAAUAAUAAGACAUAUCAGCGAUGCUACCAAAUACAAUCUGCGCAAGCUGAGCAAUAUCGAGUCCAAAGACAUUGAAAAUAAAAUACAAGACUACGGAAAACAGACCAAACAACCAGCCAACGACCUGGCACCAGCGGACACCAAACCUACCACUACCAUAGCCAAUAACACCAGAAGCAGCAACAGCAGUAGUAGUAGUAGUAUUAGUAGUGCAUCUGACUCGGUCACACUAACAGAUAGUGCGAUCGAGCGGCUAAAGUACCUAUCGGAGAAGCGCCAAAAGACACAGUAUUUGCGCUUGCGGGUGGAUUCCGGUGGCUGCUACGGGUUCUCAUAUAUGCUGGACAUGACCGAGGAGCCAGAGGUAAACGAUGUGAUUUUGGACCGGAGCGGCGCCAAAAUGGUCAUUGAUGAUUUCUCGUUGCCGCUGGUGCGCGGGGCGACUAUUGAUUGGCAGGAUAGGCUUAUUGGUCAGGCAUUUUUGGUUGUGGCUAAUCCGCAAGCGAGCGGCGGAUGCGGGUGCGGAGCAUCGUUUGAGAUAAAAUUAGAUUAG